AUGCCAAUUGCUUUAUAGAAUGAGUUGCCACAAGAUAUUCGAAUUCCAAGAGAUUAUCUCACACUAGGCUACAAACGGCUCCAUGCGUCAGAUCCACGCCUGCCGCAAGCUAAACCCAAACCACUUCCUACCUCACUUGUCACAUCAAAUAAUACUUCUGAUGUUGCCUUAUCAAGCAGAAAGUCCCUUCCUCUCAAUCCCACAGCAUCUAUGUCCAAAUUCGCACUACAUGUCUCGUCGCGCCGUCUCCAGAGUUGUGCAGAAAGGCAUCGUACACUGGCCGCCAUUUUCCCUACAUCGAGCUCUGUAUUGCUGACAAACGAUUCUGCUGCCAAAUCUAACGAGUUUUUUUCCAGCCUAAGUGUUAAUGAGCAAGAAAUCGAAUCAGAAACUUCAACAAACCGAGAUUUAGUCUCAAGAGGAAAAAGAAACUUUGAGGAAACAACGCAAAAUAUGAAUAAUGAGAAGAGGAGAAAUAAAGAAUCAAGUGAUUCUCCAGGAUACGAUAGAAGCGAUCACAGUGGCGACGAUAUACACGAAGUUGACACAGAAAGCAGCAAUGAGAAUGAGAGUGAAUUCGACUGUCCGCGCGGCCGGAAACAGGACGAUCCAUCAUGGGUAACUACUCAGACUCGCUCGAAGCGUCGCUACAUAGAUCGCAUUCUUCUAGAUGAGCCCAAACCAGUUUCUAGCGGCAGACUCCUGCAUCAGAUAGCCAGAAUCCGGCCUUUGGCACUUAGAACAGGGUAA